AUGGACGAGGACCUCCCGAGGGCGCACGUCAAGCGUAUCGUCAAGUCCAAGCUCAACGCCCUCGAUAACGUCGAUGCCAAGGGACAAGCAUUCGAACCAAACAUUCAAAAAGAUGCCCUGACCGCACACGGCGAGUGCGCGAAGAUUUUCAUUCACUACAUCACUGCGACGGCGAACGAGAUCUGUCGAGAUCAUCGUCGACAGACGGUGAGCGCGGAGGAUGUGUUGAGGGCGAUUGAAGAGUGCGACUUCGGUGAGAUUGCUCUGGAAACGCGCGCGGCGCUGGAGACCUGGCAGCGGAGCGCGAAGCGGAAGCGAGACGAGAAGAAGGAGGACGAGGGAGACGAUGCCGGCGAUGAGAAAGAUGGAGUCGCCGACGGCGAUGGCGAGGAUGCGGGAGAUGGCGAGCAGAAUGAAGCAGAGGACGCGGAGGAGCCAAAUGAGUAG